CUAGGAUAAAAAAUAGAGAACAAAACACAGUGCAAUAAACAGGAAUCACAUGUUGCUCCUUUGUGAGUUAGUUUUGGAGAAGGGAAAAUUAGGAAAGGGAAUUGAUUGUAGAUGUGAAAAAAAUUGUUCUAUAAUCAUCAGAGACAGAUGUCUCUCUCUCAGCACAACUUUUUUUCCCAUGGGAUAUAUUUAUUUCCUGACUGAUAUCUUAGAUAUGCCAAUAAAAUCAUAUUUUUCUCUUUGCUUUGGUUACCAAACCAAAUCAUAUUGGAAAGGAAUAAGUUCUUUGAUGUGUUGUAUUGAAAAUCUCUUUCAUUUUGUCAGCUUGUCUAUGUAUUGCCUCAUCUACUCUCCGAAUUUCUCAUUGUGUUUUGCUUGUAUGGGCUCCGCUUCUUUUGACAGAAAAGUAUUAUAUAUGUUCCACCCCCACUGUACUUUGUGAAUUGCGUUGGAGCGGGUGAACAGGUCAUAGUAACACAAUGACAUUGUUGAAAAAAAUUGUAUGGUUUAUAGAACAGCUCAUGCAACCAGGCAUAUCCUUUAUUCUUUAGAAAAGUCACGGAGAAGAAAAAAACAUGAGACCAAACGAAUUGGUUUGCUUUCGCACAGACGAAAUAUUCAAUACAGACAGUGUGAUAUUUGAUAGGGUGAUUACUCAUACAUGCCACAUACCCCUCCCCCGUCACCCAUCCAGGUACAUAGCACAAAAGCCUCUUAUGACAAUGAUGCGGUAACCAUGGUUACUGAAAUGAGGAGGUUCACGCUCCUCGUGAAGUGUCAGGAGCAACGUGUCCAGAUAUGAUUAGCGAUCAGACCCUCAUGCCUUUUUACCGUAAUAGUUACUGGAACGUUGGUUAAAUUUUGCAAUUAUUCUCGGUUGCGUGUGUCAUUUCACCCCCUGCGUGGGAUGGGAGUAGUAUCACUACGUCAAUGAGCUUUUAUACACAGUAGGGGUGUAGUGGGCAUGGAUAAACCUUUUGGCUAAACGCAUCAUGAUGCAUCAUCCAAGCUGUGGACAUGCUGAUGUUUUCUCAAAUUUUUAUAUUUUUCAGUUACCUGAGAAUGCUGCCUAAAAUAAACGAGAAAACACUGUGAAUCUUUCAAGAGCCAUUGUUCUUCAUGAAUUCUACUCAAGAAGUUUCAAGAAAUAUCUGAGAAAUAAUGAUUUAUUAGAGAAAGUACUAUACACACUUUCACCAUAAAGAAAAUGUGAUAAAAAUAAAAUGGUGGAGAAGAAUGACCAAAUGAGAAUAAGUGAUGAUGACAUAAUAUCAAAAUUUAGUGAUAACUUCAGCUUAAAGCUUCUAUCUCCACUCAUUCGUCUCAAAAAAGAGCUGCGCCUCUCCCUUCCCGAUCUUGUUUCAAGACAUAAGCUUCAAGAUAACUUAGGAGCAGGUGGAAAUAAUGGAGUAGACAUCAUAAAAAACAAUGGGGUUGAAACCAGACGUACGACAAAUGGUGGCUCAGAUUUGGACCGAUCUAUUCUUCAGGAUGGGAAACUGGAAAGCACUUACAAUGAAAGUGAACUGUUGCAGUCAAACUUGGAAUCAACAGAAGCAGUAAAUGUAAAUGCCACACUUAUAACUUCAGAGAAGAUCCCAGACAAACAGGCUGUUCAAAUCAAGAGAAAACGUGGUAGGCCACCAAAGAAGGUUAGAUCAGUAGGUGCUAAUGCCAAGAAAGCUGUAAGCCCUACCAAAGCCCCACACUGCCAGUCAACUGUCUUACCAACAAAAGAGGGGGAUAGACAAAGGAAAGAUGGAUUAAAUGGUCAUGGCAAAGCACUUAGUGAAAUUUCUAUCGCAGCUCCUGUAAGUCGCUUACAUGCUGCAGCCAGCCAAACAAGUCAGUCAUUUCCAAAGUCAAAGUUUGGAUCCCGAGCUGGGAAACAUCAGAUCAUUCGUAAAUACCCCUUGAGAAAAUUGCUUCAUUCUAGGUCACGGUUGUCCAGAUUUCCUAGAUAUGGCAACAGUAUUGGACAGAUCACAAGAAAAUCAUCUGAUACAAUUAGUAUUGAUGAAAUCACUGUGAAAACUAAUGCAAAUUCCAAAUUCGUUGCUGGGAAAUUGUUAAAAACAAAAGAAAUUCCUCCAGAAAUCCUUGAAACCAUUAAUGAUAUUUCAAAAUGUGUUACAAGUGACUCUUGCAGUAACCCUGGAGUCAUUUCAAUGGAGAGCAGUCAAAAGGCUCCUGACAGAGAAUCUAGUGAAGAUGUACCAAGUACCGUUUCUUCAGCAUACUGUGCUAAAGAAAAAAGUAAACCCAAAAAACUCUUGAAGAGCAAGUCAAAGGUGCAAAACACUUGUCUCCCUAAAAAUCUUCCUUCAUCCCCAUUAUGUGUGGAUCGUUCUGCAGAAAAAAAGUUAUCAAACUCAUCUUUAAGAUGUCAGAAUUGGUGUAAUGAUUCUGUAGGUGUGUAUGAUUUCACUGAUUCCUCAAAUGACAGUGCAUGUGAGCCAGCUCCUCCUCCUCCCCCAGUGAUGCUACAACGGAAAAGAGGCAGACCACCGAAGCAGAAGAAUUGCCAUGCACAACGUAAAGCUAAGUUCCAGCCAGUGACAGUCUCAUCAAGUAGAACAUUUUGUAGAAACCAGCUACAAACUAAAGCAUCAAACAAUUGUUCUAUCGUUUCUCAAGAUCAUGUGCAGCCUGUUAAGAAAAGGGGCCGUGGGAGGCCACGCAAAAACACAAGGGCUAUUUUGUCAUCACAGAAAAAUUGUCGAAAAGAAUCCCAGACAGUAUUUAAUGCCAGGAAAGGAAACGGCCUACAUCAGGAAAGUGAAUGUUCGAGAAUACUAGUGGAAACAGAAUUGCCCAUUCAACAGGAAAAGGUUGUUGAAGAAAGAAAUCAUGGAACGGAAGAUGAUUGUAGUCUGUUGCAUGUUCCAAAAGUAACUGCAAGUAGACAAGAUGACAUGGAUGUCUUGUUAUUACAUAAUAUACAACCAAAUCCAGUAGAAAAUGAAAGUGGCGAUAUUCCUAAUGCUAUGCAGACACCAGACUGGAAGGACAAAUCAUCGGAAUACCAGAUGAUGAAUGAUGAAGUGUCAUGUUUGACACCUCCGGGAUCCAAUGAAUGUCUCUCAAUAUCAGGAGAUGACAAACUUCAAAUUCACAAAGAGUCUUUCAACCAGAAAUCAUGUCAGAGCCCAAGUAAGAGCACCAUUUCAUCUUCAUAUACUCAAGAUUUCCUCUUCAAAGAUGUUGCUUCAUCACCUUUAUCACAUCCAAAUAUGCCAAAUUUUGAUCAAGAUAAGACAAUUAUAGACAAGUCCUCAGAAUUGCCAGAAAGGACCAACUCAUGUUCUCCUUGUCUGCUUCCAGAAAAUAGAAGAGAUCUGUUGUGUAGCAAUGAGUACAGUCAAAGUAUGACUGAAGCCAGUCAAGAAAAUGCUGAAGAUUCAUUUACUCAAGAAUCUGAUGGACUCUCACAAAUCAGGAUUACAAAAACUAUUUCACUGUCCCAAGAUAAGCUUCUUACAAACAAUACAGGGUGUAAUAGCAUUGAGACUCUUGGUGAUGAUGUUAAUUCAAUAGUCAAUGAAAAUGAUAUUCCAGUCCCAGCUUGUGAUGAUUCUUCUAUUUCGCAGAGGAGGGAGAGGGAAAACAUUUUCCAGGCACUUAGAGGAGGCUUGAAUUCUCCACCUUCUAAUCUUGUCAGAGACAAUGGAGAGACCGAGUCCAGUACACUUAUUCAACAAGAAGACUGCAACCAAGAACAGAUGAGUCUAUCAGACUCUGAUAUACCUCAUCUUGAAGCCUAUGGAGGUUGUCAUUAUGGACAUGCUUCCAAUGUUAGUCCACACUCAGGGGCUUCUGACACUUUACCAAUUCUGGAAAAAGAAGCAUUUCAUGAUACUUGGCCCAGUAACAAUAAUGAUGACGAAGAUGAAUUCGAAUUCGAAAACCCAUCAGGUGAUAUUUCAGAGUUUGAGAAGCCAUCAGAAAGUGUCUCUGUUGAAGAUUCUUCUAAGAACUGGCCUGAUGUACCAGAUUUUCCACAGUCUAAUACUGGCAUGACUAAUGCUGCUGAAGAAAUUUAUCAGGAUAUUCAGAAAGGAGAUAUUGGUAUUCAAGAUGAUGAGGAUGAAUUUGAGUUUGAGACUCCUGAAGAAGAUAUGACCAUAGAUCCAUCUGAAAAGUCACCCAUGGAACUAUCCACAUCGUGCCAUGUCACAAUUAGUGAUUCAUCUUCCCGCAAUGAAGGUAUCCAUGAUGGCCAGGAGCUGCUGAAUGAAAUAAAGGAAACAGAAUAUGAUGAAGAGCAGAAUGAAAAUUCCUUUCCAAAUCUUGGUCUUUCACCCAACCCAUUGGGAUGUUCAGGAUCACUACAAGGAAAUUCAACAUCUGGUAAUUCUACACCGAUAAAAAUAUUGGAAUUUCAAGAUCGUACAGCAAGUUGGUCAACCACGAUUGGAACUGCAAGUCAGGCAACUGCACUUGGAAUUGUCCAGAUUCCAGCUCCUGCUGACAUUAGGAAAGAACAGUCUGGAAAUGAUACAUCCAUUCAAGAAGUCUGUAAAACACAAGAGUCUAUGGAAGAAUCUUUAUCAGUCAGGAAUCCAGGUAAUAUCACUAAAAAUGACAUUACUAUCAUCUCAGAUCAAAAAAAUGAAUGCAGACUACCUGAUAUAGAAAUGGUGCAAGAAGACAAAGAAAUAGACCAGAAAACAAACAACAUUCCAGAUAGCCUAAAUACGCAAGAUCUGGGUCAGGAUAAAUUGCACUCAGCAUUAAUCACGCUGUCCCCAGAGAUGGAAAACGAAGAUAUCAAUUCUGGUGAAAUGAUGGAUAUUCCAGAUUCUAAUGUUGACGAAAAGUUAGAAAGAGAUGAACAAUGCAUCAAGACAAGUACUGCAGAAUGGAAUGUUGAUCCAAUUAAAGAUGGAAUAGAAGAACAAUCUAGGGAGAUGAAGGCUUCUGCAGAAUAUGAUGUGGGCGAAAAUGUUGAAGAACAAGAUGAACCAUCCCUCAAGCUGAACAAUACCUCAGAAUGUAAUUUAGGCCUUCAAAUCGAAGGAGAAGAUAAGUCAUCCAGUGAAAUGAAAGAUACGGCAGAAUCCAUUGGAGAAAGAGAUGGAAAACUCAGUGAGCAGAUGGAGAGUACUACAGAAUGUAUUGUGGAUCCAAUCAUAGAAGAAAUAACUUUUGGAGAAUGUACUGCUGAAAAAAAGUUUGAAGAACCAGAUGAACAAUCUAGUAAGAAAAAUAGUACUGAAGAGAGCAGUAUGAACUCCAACAUUGAAGGACUGGAUGUACAAAUGAGUGACAUGAAGGCUCCUGUACAAUGCUUUGUUGCUGGAAAGAUGGUAGAAUGCAAUAAGGACUCCCCAAUAGCAUCUGCAGAUGAAAAAUACAGUGAAGUGAACAAACAUGUAGAAUGCAUUGUUGAGAGUUCUGAGGAAUCCAAUAAUCCACAGGAGAUUGAAAAGGAACAUCUCCAAAGUAAUGUGCCUGGAGAAGAAAUGGUACAAGUUCCGGAAUCAGAUCCUGCUGAUACAAAUAAUUUCAAUAGCUCAUAUCAUGAACAACUUCCUGUAUCUGAAUCUAAAGGACUGCAUAACAACUCUUCUGAUGGAGAUUUGAAAUGCUGUAAAGGAAAGAAGAAACUGACUACUAAAUUCACACCACCCUAUGGGAAUGAUAUAACAGGUCAUGUAGAUAGAGCCACUCAAGAUGGAAAUGACUGUGGGGGAAAUCUUCCUUCUAGUGUGCAUAUUGAGGAAUCUAAAUCUGAGAAAGAGAAACAGGACAGUGAUUUGCAGCAAGUGCAAGAUAUCAGGCUACAUACACGUCCCAAAGCAGAAGGACAGCCAUGUGAUCAUGUAGAUAGUGACACUGAGAUCAUAUCAGAUAUGAUGGUGGAGAUACUUUCAAAUGUAAGCGUCCUGCAAGAUCAAAUUGUUGAACAUGCAACCUCCCCAGUUAGUGAAGAAUUGCAAGGGACAUUAGAGUCUACAGAGGGUAUAAUUGAAGUUGUACCAACAAGCCAUGAAAACCGUUCCAAUGCAGUGGACUUACAUGAACAAAAAAAGAAACCUCUAGAGUUUUCCUCACUUGGCCCUGAUGUCAAUGAAAUAUCUUCAGUCAGCAGUCCUAAACCAAACAUUUCCUUGGACACUUCACAGAGUAUUGAACUACAAGGAGCUACAGUGGCAGAGAACACCAUGGAAAAUGUCAAUUCACUAUCCGGAGACUUUCAAAAUGAAUCUGACUUGCACAACUCGCAGAUGGUAUCAUUAUCACAAUGUAAUCUAUUCAUUGAUACCUUAAAGAAAUCCAGUCUGUCCUCAGAACAAGAUACACUGAGCCAGGAGAAGGUGCAAGGUCAGUCUGCAGAUCAUCAACUGUCCUUGCAGUUAAAUUUGAAAGACCAGAAAUCGACCACACUUGAACAAAUUCAAAAUGACUUUACAACAGAACACCUGGAAGAGGAAUGUCCUGAAGAAACGGCUACAAAAGAUCAAACUAUAUUAGCUGAAACACCAUGUCAUGAUGAAGGUUCAAAAACUCCGACUGAUACUGUCCAGCUUGGAAAUAAUCUUCUGAAUGAACCAUCUAAAAUGUCUGAAGAGCUAGUUAAUCUUAUUGAUGCUAGUAAAGAAUCUUACCAAAAUAACAAUAUGUUCUUGGGAGCAUCUGCAGGUGAUGAAACAAUGGACAUGUUGUCUAUUGCCUGUGAAGAAACAGUAGGGGGAUAUGAAGAGGAUGCUAUGUCUACAACAAGUUCUGGAGGAGCAACUAUAGCUUAUCCACUCAGUGAUGGAGAUAAUUGGGAUGAUCCUAGUGAAGGCAUGGUUGGUAAUGUUGUCGAGGUUGAAGAACAUCAAUCCUCACCUGUGCCAGACAUGACAAAUCCAACAACAUCUCAACAAAGAACAGACAUAAAACAUACACUGACUGCAUGCAAAUGGACUGUAACAUUCAGGAAGGUAAAGAAGAGGAAAAGAUCUAAAGAAAGACACCAUAAGAAAAGCAGAAGUAAAAAACACAAGAAACGUCAUGAACCAAGCAAACCAAAACAAACAGACACUAAACAGAAGUGCCAUCUCAAAACCGAUCUUGGAGCUGAUAGAGAGGACAUAUUUGUAAAUGAGACUGCUGACACUACUAUAAAGCUGGUAGAAAGAAUGGAGGUAGAUAAAGAUGAAAACCCCAAAUUGCUUCUCCAAAAACAAACCAUUGAUAGCGAAUCCUGUGAUACCAGGGAAUCAAGAAACCACAUGGGCAUAGAAAUUCUAGAAGAUGAAAAAGAUGGAAUUGAACAAUCAGAGGCACCAAAAUCUCCGGAAAUGCUACAAAUGGCUAGCAUUUCAUCCCCCGCUUUCAAUGGUCUACAUUGUCCAGAUACUCAAACCAAUCAAUCUAUAGAAACCAAUCUGGAAUCUGUUCCUCUUGAAACUCAUCCUCUAUCUGGAAGAAUUGACCCAAUUUCAACUAAUGAAGAAGUACAGGAAGUUUCUGAUUCAGAUAAGAGACCGAAAAGCGACGAUUAUAAACUUUGUGAGCCGGUUAUAGGAGAUGCUGAAGACAUGGUCACAGUCACUUCAGUUGAUGAUCCAAUACUGAUUAAUGACGUUCCCAGCAUACCUCCAAGUGACCAAAAAUUGUGUAAUGUACCAGUAACAGCUGGAAGUCCUGCAUCACGUGUAGACAUUUCACUCCCAUCUGUAAGUCUGCCAAACCCCCAAGAUGUUACUCUUGUGGAAGAAAUUCAGCCAUCAAAUCCACCAUGGCAAGGCAUGGAAAAUGUCAUAAGAGAGAGUACAAACUUGCAUUCAGUACAAAAAACAGCUGGAAAAGGGAGCAGAGGUGCUAAGACAGUGCCACAUAUUACCCGGGAUAAAGCAACAUUCUUUGGUACACCUAGGAGAGACAAAAGUCAUUUCAGACCAAACAUUAAUAUUGGACAUUCUAUAUCAGAUAACAGAUUUUAUCUACCGCAUGCAAAACAGUCACCACACUCUCUUCCACAAUCUGCGCUGCAAAUGAUGCAUGUGAGGCAAUCGUAUAGGAAUCCAUCUGGAGCCUGCAAAGAGCUUAAACAACACCUACUCAAUAAACAGAGGCUUGCUGCGCCAGGUUCACAAAACCAGUUCCCCCAAAGUCACCUGCCCCUAACCAACAAAGAAAUUGUUUCUAAUCAGAAUGUGUAUUCAGCUAUUCUUCCAUCAGAAAGAGAUUUGGCUUUAAAUCAACAGAGGCAGUCACAGAUCGAAGUAGGAAAGAAACACGAGGGCGCAGCAAACAGGCAUAACUCUGCAUUGCCUUUUCUCCAAGUACAAACUUACCAAGAACAAUUUCAACACUUUCCUCCAAGAACUUUACCUGGUGAAAUGAACCUCCAUCAUUCUAGAGCACUGAACAGCAGCAACAUUUCCACUGGAGUAGGUCACAGAGAUAUUGAUAGGCUACAGCCGCAUGGUAAUAGGGUUGCAACAGCUGGAACGUUUAGCCCUCCAUGUGCAGAUGAUCUCCAAAGAAAUCCAACGACCCUGCACAUGGGGCAAAUUCAUGAGAAAGCAGAGAAAAGCAAAGUGGGAUACUUGCCUGUUGACAAUCAGUUAGGAUAUGCAGAGAAUAUUCCAGUUUUUACUGCUAAAGGGCCAGAGAAACAGCUUAUUGCUGUCUAUCCUGAUGGUUAUGUUCCCGUACCACAGACAGAAAUUUCAACUCAUUUGAAUAUCCAACAAAAUCUUCAACAUGCUAGAAAGCUCACCCCAACCCUCCAACAUCCUCAUUCCAAUACUGGCAUGAGUAUUUCCAAGGCUAAUAUGGAUCGAGAUGAAAUGCUCUUAUUGUUGAGGCAACUUCAUGGUGGAAAUGGAGCAAAAAGCAUGAGAAAUUACCUGGUCAACCUAGACCAGUUUGGCACCCGGACUUCUGGCAUUCCACCUCUGGAAUCCCCACAUAUUCAUGAGAAUACCAGACUCAACCAGGUUCCUGCACUGAUUCAGAAACCCUCACAAACAUCCACAGCAUUACAUCAACUUCCAAACCACGCACAAGACAGUCACUUACAAAAUCCAUUGAUGAUGGAACAUGUCAGCCAGAUAAGGAAUACAGUUGAUGCCCAACAUGAGUUGUUUCAUCCACACUCGCCGCAAAGCAGUCAGAGUAGCUUUUUAGCAGGUGCUCCUAGCAGCUUCCACAACAUGACAUCAAGUAUUCCUACUCCAAGAAUGCACAGCCGAACUCCUACUCCUGUAUCAACUACCACAAGUACAAGUGAUAUCUUUACAAACCAGUCUCAACUUCCAUCAACACCUCUUUCAAGAACAUCAACACCAAGGAGUCGAUGUACUCCAUCAUCUACACCACACAUAAUAAGUGAAUCACCUCUUCCAGGGCAAACAGAAAUAUUACACUCUUCCUCAAAUAACUGUAGUGCUAAAGAAGAUGUGCCUCUUGAUCUUACCUGUAAAGGAAGAACAAGGUCAAAUGUUGACAAAAACCCUACAGCUCCUCUUGAUUUGUCUUGCAAGCCAAUACUAUGUGACACUGAAUCACAAGAGCAAAAUGCAGCACAGGUCCCUCACAAUGUCCAUGAAGAAAGCCGCAAGCAGGAAACUCUUCGAAGAUCACAUUCUGAAGAGCCGGGAAGUGAUAUUGUAGUUGUAGAUGUACAAGGGGGUGUGGACGUGAAUGGAGGUAAACCUCAAGAUCCUGUAGUACUGAGUUGUGGUUCAUCAGAUUUGUCUUCUUCCAUUAACUCUUGCAUUCCAGAUGAAAAUAGAAGUGCAGAAGGCAUAUCUCCUCAAGAUCAGAAUAUUCCAAGACAAGAUGUCAAUAUUGAUUUGCUUAGAAUUAAACUUGGACUCCCUGUCAAUGCUGACAAUUCAUCUAUCCCUGUAAAUUACCAAGAGAGAAGUGAAAAGGUGAUAGAUUUAUCUAUAGAUAGAAAUGUGUAUAUGGAUAGAGCUGGAGGACCUCAUGCUUUUAGAGAUCUGCUGCACCAUGGGCUGACUUCUGAAGGACCUGGCCUGAAAAUUGCAAAAACUUAUAAUAAAUUUGCCAUUCCAGUUACAAGUACUCUUUCAAGUAUUCCACUUAUUGAUCUCACAUCGAUUGCCAAGAAGAUGCAUGUACACGAUGCCUCUGUAAAGUCAACAUUAGAGGUUCAUCACAGAAAAGAGUCAAGUUGCUGUGCCAGGACACCACCCAUUGCUCAAGGCAAAAUUUCCUAUGUGCCAUGUCAGCUCCAAAGGACAAGAAGUGAUGAUACCGAAGCAAGGCUUAGCUCUGGCAAUUUGGAAUAUUCAAAUAAAGUUAGUCCAGCUUUUGAUUUGGAAAGCAACAUCCCUCCUGAUGAUUCCUCUAUUCCACCCCAAAGUAUAACAAGUUCUUCAACUUCCAACAUCUUAUUCACUUCUGCAGACUCUAAUUUACAAAUACAAAAUAGCCCACUACAGUCCAAAUUUAAUAUCCCAAUGAAUGUUCAGUCAUUGAGUCAGCUCCGAAGAACAAGAAGUGAUGAUACCGAAGUAAGGCUUGGCUCUGGCAAUUUGGAAUAUUCAAGCAAAGUUAGUCCAGCUGUUGGUUUGGUGAGCAACAUCCCUCCUGAUGAUUCCUCUAUUCCACCCCAAAGUAUAACAAGAAGUUCUUCAACUUCCAACAUUGUAGUCACUUCUGCAGAAUCUAAUUUACAAGUGCAAAAUAACCCUCUACAGUCCCAAUUUAAUGUCCCAAUGAAUGUUCAGUCAUUGAGUCAGCUCCGAAGAACAAGAAGUGAUGAUACCGAAGUAAGGCUUAGCUCUGGCAAUUUGGAAUAUUCAAGUAAAGUUAGUCCAGCUGUUGGUUUGGAAAUCAACCUCCCUCCUGCUGAUUCGUCUGUUCCACCCCAAAGUACAACAAGAAGUUCUUCAACUUCCAACAUUGUAGUCACUUCUGCAGAAUCUAAUUUACAAGUGCAAAAUAACCCACUACAGUCCCAAUUUAAUGUCCCAAUGAAUGUUCAGUCAUUGAGUGAAAUGAGUCAAUGCCCAAAGAAGCGGUUCAAGCGGGCCCAUGAAGCAUCCUUCUUGCAGUCUGAUGUAACGAUUCCUUCAAAGAUCCCUGCAGCAAAGACAGGCAGUGAUGUGGCAAAGCCUGCACAUCCAUGUGGACCUCGUAAAAGGGGAAGACCAAGGGGAAGCAAAAAGACUUCCAUGGUUAGUAAAGCAAUUCCUGUAAUGAAACAAUGCACAUUCUGUCAGUUUGCAACCACUUCUCGGCAUGAAAUGAAAAAUCAUGUAAACGAAAAACACUUUCAUAAGUACAGUAUCAAAGCUAUUAAGUCGAACAAUGUCGCUAGUAUUCCUGAUCAACUUGCAAGAUUGAAUGACGAAGUCAGUGCCUCACUACCUGGUGGAAAAGGACGGAGUACAAAAAGUUUCAAGAUCAAGCCAUCUCUUGAACAUGUAAGACCUCGUAGGAACACUAAUGUAUCAAAGGAAAUAUCAAACAUGCAAAGGACAGGAACAGACCAUUGCCUUCACUGUGAUCAUUAUUUUCCCGAUACAAUAUCACUCGCGAGACAUCAAAGAAUUCAUCACAAUGAGAAGCAGAAUUUUAGAUGCCGAUUGUGUGAUUUUUGUAGCUCUGCACCAGGUCCUCUUGUGUAUCACAUCAACAAAACACAUUCAAAGGAACUGAAAGGUGGUUGUUGUCCAUUCAGAGACUGCAGUCGUCGGUUUUCAACGGUGAAAGAGGUGAAGGAUCAUCUGAAUGACCAUUGGAUAGAGAAGCAGUUUGCGUGCAAGAUAUGUGGUGUACGCUACCAAGUCCUCAGCUCUCUCAAGGCUCACCUGGACCGCCACAGUCAGAAUUUCCCCAACAUAUGUAAGGACUAUCAUAUUUAUAUGACUAUUUGGAAUGUAGAAACGGCAUCCUAUGUAAGUACAUUUUCAGAUUUUAAAUGUUUUUAUGAGCACUUUGUACUCUGCACUAUUAGAUAGAAUGUUUUGUCUAAAGGUCAAAUGCAAAAUCGACUUAGAUUAUUUUGCCAAUUUGGUCAUGAAAAGGGAGGCCAAACAUAGAGAUAUAUCUCUAUGGGGCCAAAUUAGCUACACUUCCUAUUCAGGCUUUACAAAUUCGAAAUGGAAUCUUGUCUUUCUGCAAAAAUUUAAAGGAUCUUCUGUUAAUUAAAAAAAAAUAGUAUUUGGUGCAAAUUUUCACGAUCUGAUGGGGAUUUUACUUGCAGUUUUCUCAUUUUAUCGGGUGUUCCUUCCCUAUGUGCACAAUUUUUGUUUAAAAUUAAAAAAAAAAAUCUAAGCAACCUACUUUAUAUCUAAUACCGUGGUGCGGGCACAAACCAGCAGAAAAUUAUUGUAGCAUAUUUUGCAAAUGUAUAUCAGCUGUGGCCUUAAAAGAUAGAUUAAUUGAUACAAAAUUAAGUGAAUAUGCCUUGCGGGCAAUCCUAAACAAGAUCGCAAAUUAUUGCAACUCUAUCAAAUAACUCCAAUCACCUCAACCUCCACCCCAAAAAUGGCGGGGGAGGGGGUAGUGUCAUUUCAUUUUCAACUGUAUUGCAAUUUUGUAUUUCUCAUUCCUUUUUUUAACUUAAUAUCUGUCUGAUUUGUUUAUUUAUUCACUUAUAUAUUGCCUUCAAGGGAUGCCAAAAAAAUGUGUAUUUGGGUUAAUAACACGAUUAUUUUGCAACAACAAAAAAUGGUCUUUAUUUUUGCUUUUAAAAAAUGCACGUAUUAUUCUUAAAGUAUAUUUUAUUUUGCAUGGUUGCGCAGCAACGUUAAUUGUAAUCGUAGUAAUAGCACUUUGUUAAAGGUUUUACCAGGGGAACGACAACAUCGAUUAUGUCUUAAUAUUUAACCCAAUGUUCAGUCUAACAUAUCACAUAGCCAUGGGUUCGUUCAGAAGUCAAAACCUCGUCAUUUAUUAUAAUGAAUAAGUUAUUUGUUAAUCGUUCUAUUUUUAAAACAGACACCAGAAAAUUUUAAUCGUAUUGUCGACAGAAGCUUUCUUUCAAAAAGUGAAUAUCAAAGAUUAUUUUUGCAUGCAAGCUAUGUGUUUUAUCUGAUUUUGAAAAAGAGUUGUAAAGUUCGUAAGGUUGCCAUAAUUCAGUUAUGAAUUAUUUGGUGAUCGUGACUUUAUCAAAUUUCUGGGGCAAAAUGGUGGAAUUUUUAGAUUUUCUUUGUCUCACAUUGUGCGUGGGUUUUCUUUGCCCCUCCCCAUUUUUAUUUUUAUUUACUUUAUGUUUGCAUAUCCGUUUUAUUUGUUUUAUUUUAUUUUGGGAGCUGAUCAUGAUCACAAAAGAAAUUGAAACUAUGUUCGAGCUUUUUGCACCAUGCUUGCUUGGAAACUUGUUUUAAAAAGUCUCAAACUAAUGUAUAUUUCAGGUUCCAUGACAUUUGCAAAAACCUAACCUCCAACAUGUCCAAAACUAAAUAAACCCUAAUCCAUAUCUUUACAUUAUUCUGAACAAAAACUAUUACAAUCCGAACUCUAAACCUAAUUUCCCCUCUGAUCCGGGUUUCAAAGAUUGGAAUGUGUUACGAUUCAAAUUUAGACCUGAAUGAUUAAUAGAGAGUUGACUGCUGGAAGGUCGUACAACUCGUACAUGGGCUCUUGAUUGCAUAUUUAUAUUUAUUUCACGUGUCAAACCAAGAAGAAUACAUGAAUAUAUCCAUGUGUUCAUAUAUGACUAAAAAUAUUUUUAAGUGUAUGGAAAAAAAAUUGCAGACAAGAGUAGAUCGGGAAGUAGAUGCAAAACUAGGUACGAGAUUUGAUUGGAAGAGGGUUAAGCCCGGCGCACAUUUACGAUCCGUUGCUGAUCGAUUUUCAAAGAAUACCGUAGCAUUUGAUAUGAACAUUACAACCUGUAAAAUCUUACCGGUCAAAGUUCCCAAUAGUGGUAUGAAUGCUAAAAUUGUAUUCAUGUCAAAAUCGUUAUGACGUCUUUAUCGGCACCGACUUGAUGCCGAUGUGUACUUUGGUUUACUCUGACUACAAGACAUGCAGCAAAUCAGAAGUUUAAUUUAGUAUUCUGAGUAUUAUACCGAACUUCACUUCUUGAAAAUUGCAUAUUCAAUGCAAAAUGCGAUAUUUGUUCCAAAAUCGCAUCUUCGUUGGAUCGUGUGGUGUGCGCUGGACUUUAAAGCACCUCGGUGUAUUAGCUCGUGUUGUGUUCGUAUCCAGUCGUUAACACGUAGUCGUGUGUGCAUUUUUUAUGUAAUACAUAUACGUAGAUUUACAUCGAUUGGAUAAAUGUUAUUAUUAUUGGUUUGUCUUCACGUUUACAUUAAUGAGGUUUUGAACUCGUUCUAGGAACCAUUUACGGAUCUGUUGAUUAAGAAAUCCAUGGAAACGGUGGGAUCCAUACGUGCUUGAAUAACUACGGCAAUAUAUUCUACCCGACUUCCACGUACGCUAUCGUACACGAUCAGGAGAGGUGCUCUGUGUCUGUAUUGUUCUCUCGUAAAGUCUGGUAACAUUUUUAUAAUUCCAUGGGUGACGAUAGGUGUUAAUUGUAUUGUCUGUAAUUUAUCACAUCAUAGGUGUAACAGUUUGUGUAUUUUUUAUUCUUCAUUUUAUUAUUAUGAACUUGAGACAGUUUCAAGUCUAUAAUAUCCAUGCAUGUAUUUAGGGAUGAAUCGGUGUGAAUUUAACUUUUUGAUUUUGAUGAAAUUACAACGGAAUAAUGGCAAUUUCACUUC